AUGCCUCGUCUUAUCUUAGGCCUUGAUUUCGGUACCACUUUUAGCGGCGAGAUAGAGGUAAUUUCUACAUGGCCAAAAAGCGGAAACAAACAAGAAACACCCGGGAAGGUGCCCACCACGCUAGCCUACCAGGAAAACAGGACCCUUUGGGGUUAUCAGACUGCAUCCCUACACCCUGAUACAGUCUUCCAUGGCUUCAAGCUUCUGUUAGAUCCGUCUCAGCAUGACCAGUACCAGCCUGCAAUCCGUUCUCAGUCUCUUCUGAAAAAGUACGACAAGACCGCUGUCGAUGUCGCGGGAGACUACUUGAAAUGCUUGGUGGCUCAUGCGAAGACUGUUCUGCAGCGAAGACUGGGGGCUGCUUUUGAGUGUAUGGAGCUGCACUACGUCUUGACGGUUCCUGCUGUCUGGUCGGAUAAAGCGAAAGACGCGACUCGGGUGGCCGGUGUGAAGGCCGGUAUCCCCGUUUCGGAUAUCACCAUGAUAUCUGAGCCUGAUGCAGCCGCUAUGUACUGUCUAGACACCCUUCAGCCGGAAGCGAUAAAGGACUUGAUUUCAUACCGCGUAUCUAGACUCUACCCUUUGGUUCUAAAAGAGGAGACUCAGGGCACAGCUGAAGGUGGCAUUUGUGGAUCGGCAUGCUUGGAUUCACGAUUUGAUGAGCUGUUGCAGGAACAUCUGGGCGAGACCUACGCAGAAAUUCCGUCAAUCUCACUGGAUACGGCACGAUCCUACUGGGAUAAUGAUAUAAAGCCUAGCUUUGGCACCCGCCUAUAUGACGACUUUGAUGAUAAUGAUGGGUCGGAUGUCACGGCUAAAGACGAGAGCGAGGAUGAUGAUGGCGACGGUGCGACCGUUGUGCCUUACAUCGUCCCUCUCCCAGGGGUCCAAGAUGACCAAGCUAUCUUCCUUAAGAAUAACUUUCUCUAUCUUGACUGGAACCAAAUUCAAGAAAUCUUUGACCCAGUCGUCGAUGACGUGGAGAGACUGGUCCGAGGGCAAGUGGAAAGUGUCGCCAAGAAUGGCAAAACCCCCAAGGUAACCAUUCUUCUGGUGGGAGGCUUCGGAUCAUCUGAAUACCUUUUUAGAAAGUUGAAGAAAGCGUUCCCCAAUAUAUUGGUCAUGCAGCCACCAAAUGCUUGGACAGCGGUAGUGCGUGGUGCAGUGUCUCACGGGAUUGGCUCAAAUCCAGUAUCAGAACGGAUCGCUCGUCGCCACUAUGGUAUCCGUGUCUCGAUUCACUAUGAUCCGUCUCGUCACCAUGAAUCCACCCGAUAUUGGGACUCGUUGAGAGAAGAAUGGAUGGUUACUGAUGCUAUGGCAUGGUACAUAAAAAAGGGAAGUGCCAUAUCGGAGGAUUCCCCCAUCAGCCUUACUUGGUCUUCGAAUUUCUUAGUUGAUCGCGAAAGCAAGGGUACCCAAAUCUCGUUGUAUGUUGACCACCAAGACGAUGCCCCCGGAUUCCUAUCAAGCAAAGACACUUUCAAGGUUUGCACUGUGGAUGUUGACCUGGGUCAAAUCCCUAGUAAACUAUUCGAGAGAAAGACCAACUCUCAAGGCAAAUCCUAUUACAAGGUAAAGUAUGAUAUACGCAUGACACCCAAGUCUGCCACUAUACUAUUCGAAUUGGUGUUUAACGGGGCUACAUAUGGAUCCCUGCAGGCUAAGUACUGA